UGGUCCUGGGAGGAGAGUGUGGCUCCCACGUGUGUAAGUGAUCAGGCUUGCUGGCUGAGUGCGGAAGAUCGGCAGAAUUGUAAAACUUCGAUAAACAUCAAACAUGGGAGGUGUGGAGAAAAAGAAGUAUGAGAGGGGAGCAGCCACCAACUACAUCACCAGGAACAAGGCCCGGAAGAAGCUGCAGCUGAGCCUGGCUGACUUCAGGCGCCUGUGUAUCCUGAAGGGGAUCUACCCCCAUGAGCCCAAGCACAAGAAGGUGGUGAACAAGGGCUCCACAGCCCCCCGCACCUUUUACCUGCUCAAGGACAUCAGGUUCCUGCUGCAUGAGCCUAUCGUCAACAAAUUCAGAGAAUACAAGGUUUUUGUCAGAAAGCUUCGGAAGGCGUACGGGAAGGCAGAGUGGACAGCGGUGCAGAGACUGAGAGACAACAAGCCUUCCUACAAACUGGACCACAUCAUCAAGGAGAGGUACCCCACGUUCAUUGACGCUCUGCGUGACCUGGACGACACUCUCUCCAUGUGCUUCCUGUUCUCCACCUUCGCUCGCACGGGGAAGUGCCACGUGCAAACCAUCCAGCUGUGCCGACGACUCACUGUGGAAUGGAUGAACUACAUCAUCGCCUCACGCUGCCUGCAGAAGGUCUUCCUGUCCAUCAAGGGUAUUUACUACCAGGCAGAUGUUCUGGGGCAGCUUAUUACCUGGCUGGUGCCCUACCAGUUCGCUCACAAUCACCCAACAGAUGUGGAUUACAGAGUGAUGGCCACGUUCACAGAGUUCUACACCACCCUGUUAGGGUUCGUCAAUUUCCGUCUGUACCAGACCCUCAACCUGGCCUACCCUCCCAAGCUGGACAGUAAAGACGAGGCAGAGCUGAGAGCAGAGAAUGAUGAGGAGUACGCCAUGGACUCUGAGAGUUACCUGGAGAAACUCUCGGCUCUCAGUGCCAGCCUGGCCCGUGUCGUCUCCUCCAGUGAAGAGGAGGAGGUGGAGCUGGAUCAGUUCCCUGUGGAGGGGGAGGAUGUGGAGCAGCUGGAGGCCAGGCAGAAGGAGCAGCUGCAGAGUGAGGCUCACAAGAAGAUCUUCGAGGGCCUCAAGUUCUUCCUCAACAGAGAGGUGCCUCGGGAGCCCCUAGCCUUCAUCAUCAGGUGUUUCGGAGGGCAGGUGUCCUGGGACAAGUCUGUGUGUAUCGGUGGGACCUUCGAUGUGACAGACGAGACCAUCACCCACCAGAUAGUGGACAGACCCAGCCUGGACAAGCAGUACAUCAACAGGUACUAUGUGCAGCCCCAGUGGGUGUUCGACUGUGUCAAUGCCAGUAUGCGGCUGCCUGUUGAGGAUUACUUCGCAGGGGUCACUCUGCCACCCCACCUGUCCCCCUUCGUGGUGGAGAAGGACGGGGACUAUGUACCACCAGAGAAACUACGAUUGAGAGCCCUGCAGCGCGGAGAGAAGCCAGAGAAUGCAGAGAGCUCAGAGGAAGAGGAAGAUGAGGAGGAAGAAGACGACAAUGAGGAGGAGGGAUCUGAGGAUGAAGAUCUGGAUGAGGAAGAGGAGACAGACGAGAGAAACCUGAAGAAGAUGGAGCAGCAAAGAGCACAGGGCAAGGCCCUCCCAGUGAAGGUGACGGCAGGCAAAGUGAAGGCAGAGAACAGGGCUCGCUCCGAACAGGAGGAGCAGGCUGAGGAGAAGAGGCUCGCCAUCAUGAUGAUGAAGAAGAGAGAGAAGUACCUCUACGACAAGAUCAUGUUCGGCAAGAAGAGGAAAGUCAGAGAGGCAAACAAACUGGCUGCCAAAAGGAAAGUCCAUGAGGAAACGACCAAGGCUGAGAAAAAGAAGAAAAAGGCCAAGAAAUAGAUAAAGAAAGGAACUGUAGGAAUGAAGUGACGGUCCGAGAGGUGGUGGGGUGGUGUCAUGUUACAUACACACGGCAAAACAUUAUUUUAAACAUGUGGAUUUAAACUACUGUCUGUGAAAUUAGCAGGAGAAAUGAGUGGCUUUGUAUCAGAAGCUUGUUAUGAAAUCAAACUGUUGUCCAUUUGUCUAAUAGCCCGCCCUAGUAAAAUGAGUAAAAUUCUCAAGAGCAUUAUCGUAGAAGGGUGUGUAAACCCAUACUUGGUGAUUUUCACUUUUAUUGCUAACGGGGCAAAUUAAAAUCUUCAACACGUUCAUUUGAAUCUGUUGAGAGAGGUGCAGAAUUUGCUUUUCUUUUCAUUAAUAGUGCUCACCUGUCCUUGUUUUAGGGAAAUUGAAUCUAAUGUACAAACCAUUACUGAAGGUUGUUUUCCAUUCAUGUUUUUUUAUAAUGAAACAUUUACCCCCCCCCCCCCCCCCCCCCCCCCCCCCACUCCAUUUUUCAUUCUUUUUGUUUUAGUUACGAAUGCAUUUUAAAAGCACCCCUGCUGCAAGGUGUAAAGAGCGUGAUUUUUAAAGACAUACUAAAAAUUUCAAUACAGGAUCCCUCCUCUCUCAACUGUACUAGGAGGUGAAGGGUUAAGUUGGGCGGCAGCCGCGGUGUCAGUUUUGUUUAAAAGUUAAAUCAAUUGCAUUCUGUUAAAGAAACAGCGUGUAAAAAAUAAAUAAAUAAAUAAAUAAAUUCUUUAGAAUGUACGUAAUAAAACUUUAAACCAUG